ACCACUUUUACUAACAAAAUUAGAUACACCUAAAAAACCUUUUUCUCUAUUUUGCAACAAACCAAAACAAUCAAAUUCUUGUUCAACUCUUUCAUGGCUGGUCUUCAACAAUACAACUUUUUUCCCACUGAUCUUUUCUACCCUCGUCCACAACCUCAACAAUCUACGGCGUCUCCAACCGUGCUUCCAAUCAAAACUCCAAACACUGAAGAUCUUCCUCAGACUCAGCAGCAGCAACAACAACCAGCUACGAACAUGAUCAAAGCUACCCCUUCUACUUCUUCUUUGGUUUAUACUCACAAGACACAAUCUUUUGGAGUUUUUGAUAAUAAUAACACAUCAAAAUUGUCAACAAACCCGUUUUCUUUGAUGGUUUGGAUGGAUCAAGAGGAUCAAGAAUAGAACUUAAGAGUUAUGAUUAUGUUUUAGACUAUGUAAAUUACUUAAGGGUUUUAACUUUCAUCUUCUUUUACCCUUUUUCAAUUUUCAUGUUACUUGUAGAAGAUGGAAAUCAAUAAAAUUUAUAGCUUAUGAUUUUCUUCAA